UUCCCAUCCCCCUGCAUGAGAAGCAAGUAUAAUUGUGAGCCACUAUCUCCUAAUCCACGUGUCACUACACAUGGUAGUUGAGAGGUAUUGUGACAUAAGGGAAGAGAAGUGACCUCAGUCACAGGAAGACAUAGCUUCAAGUCCUGUGUCUGCUACACACUGGCUAUGUGACUCUGGACCAAUCACCAGAGCUAUCAUCCAAGGGAUCAACCUUCGUGAAGAAGGGAUCCAUCAUUUCUACCAUCAUUGUUCCAGCCCACAGCCAUUAUCCAGGGAAACAACCUUUGUGGAGACAUGAAUUGUCAAAUGCUUCAGCAGGUGCUAUAGUCCUGGUUUCUUUAGCAGUCAUGGCUGAUCUUCGAAGACUGGAUGAGGAAACUGAGGUUCAGAAGAUUGAUCAUCAUCACACAGCCGGGCAGAAGAGUGACCCUUUGGGAGAAGAGGCUUCAUCUCUUACAGUUUUUUGGAAAAGAACACCUAUUGUGAAAUCGUCAUGGAGAAAACAUUAAGUGAAACAGAUUUACCAAUUAAUCCAAAUCAGGAAUAUGCUAACAAGGCUGAAAACUUUCUGGAAUACAUGUGUCGUCUGUGCAUUGACUCAGAGCCCAGUGUUGCCCGAAACACUGCUAUCAUCUGCACCAUUGGCCCAGCUUCUCAAUCUGUAGAUACAUUAAAAAAGAUGAUUAGCGCUGGAAUGAAUGUGGCUCGUAUAAACACCUGCCAUGGAAAUCAAGAGGAACACGCCAUGAUGAUCAAAAAUGUACGAACGGCUACAGACAGUUUUCUUUCUGAUCCCAUGUUCUAUCGGCCUAUUGCUAUAGCAUUGGACAUAAAAGGACCAUCCGUCCGGACUGGACUCAUCAAGGGCAGUGAAUCAGCUGAAGUAGAGCUAAAGAAGGGCAAUUCUAUCAAAGUCACUUUGGAUGAUACAUAUAAGGAAAACUGCGAUGAGAAUAUUCUGUGGGUAGACAACAAAAGAGUUUUCACCGACAUAAAGAUUGAUGGCAAGAUCUAUGUGGACAAUGGGCUCAUUUGUCUGGUUGUGAGGGAGAAAGGUAAUGGUUUCCUUUUGACUGAGGUGACAAGUGGUGGAAUGCUAGGCAGCAAGAAAUGCUUGAACUUUCCUGGGUUGAAAAUGGACUUUGCUCUUACAACUAAGGAUAAAGAAGAUUUAAAGUUUGGAUUAGAGCAAAAGGUAGAUAUGGUGUUUGCAUCUUUCAUCCAAAAGGCAGGGGAUGUCCAAGAAGUCAGAAAGAUACUUGGGAAAGAAGGAGAAAGCGUGUUGGUCAUCAGCAAGAUUGAGAACCAUGAAGGAGUUAAAAAUUUUGAUGAGAUCCUGAAAGUCAGUGAUGGCAUUAUGAUUGCUCGGGGGGACCUAGGUAUUGAGAUCCCUCCACAAAAAGUCUUCCUUGCUCAGAAGAUGAUGAUUGGAAGGUGUAAUCUAGCUGGGAAACCUGUUAUCUGUGCCACCCAGAUGCUACAGAGCAUGAUUAAGAAGCCACGUCCCACUCGAGCAGAAAGCAGUGAUAUAGCCAAUGCUGUCCUAGAUGGAGUAGAUUGUGUCAUGUUGUCAGGGGAGACCGCCAAAGGGGACUACCCAGUAGAAUGUGUAAAGGUCCAACACAGGAUUGCCCGAGAGGCAGAGGCUGCCACCUUUCACUUGCAGUUAUUUAAUGAACUUGUCAACCUGGUACCCCACAAUAAGGAUUUUACUGAAAUUACUGCUGUGGGUGCUGUAAAAGCAUCCUUCAACUAUGCCAGUGAGGCCAUCAUCGUUCUCACUGACACUGGAAAAUCAGCUUAUUUGAUAGCCAGGUAUCAUCCCCGGGUCCCUAUCCUUGCUGUUAUUCGGGAUGCCCAAGUUGCACGGCAGGUUAAUUUGUACCGAGGCAUCUUUCCUAUACUGUACCUUAAACCUGUUGAAACAAAAUGGACUGAAGAUGUCGAAAUAAGGAUUAACUAUGCCAUGGAUGUAGGCAAAGCUCAAGGCUUUUUCAAGAAAGAUGAUAUGGUCAUUGUAGUAAGUGGUUGGUGUCCAGAGAUAGGCUGUACCAACACUAUGAAUUUGCUUCCAGUUACCUAAAAGGGCACUUGAAGACCUUCGCCGUACUCUAGCAUCCUCUCUUCUCUGACCCUGCCCUUGUCCAUUAGAACUGCAACUGUUUAUGGUAUCAUCCAUUCCUACCUAUCAUUGGCUUUAUAAGGCUAAAACACCAAAAACAAAAAGAUUAAAGUCUCUUUUUAAAAGAAA